UAAAGAUUGUCAAGUGAUACUCAAUGUUCAUUUCAUACCAUAACCAGGUCAAAUAGACAUCCCAACAGUCUGUGCCCUAGGUUUGCCUUUUUAUAGACAUCAUGGCUCCUGUCGCAACAGAUAUAUCCAACAAUGUGGGCGUUAAGGUGGAAUCUUCUCAAGGCUCCGUAUUGGCAGCCAAAAAGAGAAAGAUGGUCAACGGAUCAUCACAAGAAGCUCCUUCAUUUGCUGAUACAUUAAAAAAACUACAGGAAGAAGCAGAAGCAACAGGAGAGAGUAGCACUGGAGAAGAUUUAUGGCCAAGACCAAAUUUGGAUCGAAUCGAUCCUUCCGGUGAUCACAUCGUAUUCCAACAGAUUGAUAUUGAAGAACAUACGCAAGCUGGUCAAACACCUUCUAUUCGAAUGUAUGGUGUGACCGCAAAAGGAAAUUCAGUCUUGGUUCACGUUUACGGUUUCAGACCAUACUUCUAUAUCGCUGCUCCUCGUGGCUUCAGCAAAGGGCAUUGUCUCGAAUUCCAAAACAAGCUAAACGAUUUGUGCGGAAACAGGAUAGUGCAAUCAAUCGUCCUUUGUAGCAAAAAGAGUUUGAUGAACUAUAGCGGACAAGAUGAUGUGGCCUUCCUAAAGAUUACCAUCUCCGAUCCUCGACAGUUGCCCAAGGUCAGAGGAGCUUUAGAACGUGGUGAAGUGGCUUUCCGAGAUCUUAUCAAACAGGGAGAUAACACUCUGACAUACGAGAACAUCGCUUAUACACUACGAUUCAUGAUCGAUCUCAAGAUCGUGGGUAUGAAUUGGCUGCAAAUUUCAGCCGGCAAGUACAAAAUCCGACAAGGCGAGCAGAAAAUUUCAAGAGCUCAGCUGGAGAUCGAUUGUGAGCCAGAUGCUAUUGUUUCUUUUGCACCUGAUGGAGAAUGGUCAAAUAUCGCACCUCUUCGCGUUUUGAGUUUCGAUAUCGAAUGUGCCGGCAGAAAAGGAGUUUUCCCUGAGCCGCAAGAAGAUCCAGUCAUUCAAAUUGCGUCCAUGGUGACAAGACAAGGAGAAUCCGUUCCAUUUGUCAAAAAUGUGUUUACGCUCAACAGCUGUGCACCGAUUGUAGGUUCUCACGUUUGUAGUUUUGAGAAGGAAUCCGAUAUGCUUGAAGCAUGGGCACGAUUUGUGCAAAUUGUCGAUCCUGACGUCGUUAUCGGGUACAAUAUUGCAAAUUUCGAUUUCCCAUACUUGAUGGACCGAGCAAAAGUUCUCAAAGCGGGCAAGUUUCCCUAUCUAGGUCGUGAACUACAGACCAAGACAGAAUGCAAAGAUACUCACUUCUCCUCGAAAGCAUACGGAACGCGUGACAGCAAGCAUACUGAAUUGCAAGGACGUAUUCAGUUGGACAUGUUGGAAGUGAUGAGACGUGAUUACAAAUUACGUAGUUAUUCGCUCAAUGCCGUCUCCUUUGAGUUUUUGGGAGAACAAAAGGAAGAUGUGCAUUUCAGCUUGAUUACCGAAUUGCAAAAUGGUGGACCUGAAGCACGAAGACGUUUGGCCGUUUAUUGUUUAAAGGAUGCCUAUCUACCGCAGAGAUUGAUGGAUAAGCUGAUGUGUUUCAUCAAUUACAUCGAAAUGGCACGUGUGACAGGUGUACCUUUCAAUUACCUCUUAUCCCGUGGUCAACAAAUCAAAGUCAUUUCGCAAUUGUUCAGAAAAGCUGAUGCAGAGAAUUAUCUCGUCCCUUCAUUCAAAGGUGAAGGUAGCGAAGAUCAAUACGAAGGUGCAACUGUUUUGGAACCGAAGCAAGGCUAUUAUGAUCGACCUGUGUCCACGCUGGAUUUCGCCUCUCUAUACCCUUCCAUCAUGAUGGCACACAAUCUCUGUUAUACUACAUUGGUUACCCGAGCGAUGAUUGAACGUUUGAAUUUGAAAGAAGGAGAAGAUUACGUCACGACACCCAACAAGAAUUGCUUCGUAAAAAGUAGCGUACGCAAAGGACUUUUGCCUACAGUCUUGGAAGAUCUAUUGACAGCACGUAAACGUGCCAAAGCAGAUUUGAAAAAGGAAACCGAUCCCUUCAAACGUGCUGUGUUGGAUGGUCGUCAAUUGGCUUUGAAAAUCAGUGCAAAUUCCGUUUAUGGUUUUACGGGUGCAACUGUUGGUAAAUUGCCUUGCUUGGAAAUUUCCAUGAGUGUGACUGCAUACGGUCGUGAAAUGAUUGAAGCAACGAAAAAGAUGGUGGAAAGUACGUAUACGAUCCGGAAUGGAUACGAACAUGACGCAGAGGUAAUCUAUGGUGACACGGAUAGUGUGAUGAUCAAGUUUGGAACGGAAGAUCUGAAAAGGGCGAUGGAAUUGGGAAGCGAAGCUGCUGUCAAAGUAUCAGAAACAUUCACAAAACCAAUCAGACUCGAAUUCGAGAAAGCUUAUUGGCCAUAUUUGCUUAUCUCGAAAAAGCGUUAUGCAGGAUUGUAUUGGACCAAUCCUGACAAAUACGACAAAAUGGACACGAAAGGUAUCGAAACUGUUCGACGUGAUAAUUGUCGGCUUGUACAGACGUUGAUCGAUACAUGUUUACGCAAGAUGUUGAUCGAUCGUGAUGUCCAAGGAGCGGAAGAAUUCGUGAAACAAACGAUUUCGGAUUUACUACAGAACAAAGUGGAUAUGUCUCAAUUGGUCAUUUCAAAACAACUUGCAAAAGCAGAUUAUGCGGCCAAGCAAGCGCACGUUGAGUUGGCAGAGAAGAUGCGCAAGCGUGAUCCUGGAAGUGCUCCCGCUCUGGGUGAUCGUGUGCCUUUUGUGAUCGUUAAAGGUGUUAAAGGAGCUGCUGCAUAUGAAAGAAGUGAGGAUCCGCUAUAUGUGCUAGAACAUGGUGUGCCAAUCGACAGUCGAUACUAUCUGGACAAUCAAUUAUCCAAACCUCUCAUGCGUAUUUUCGAGCCGAUCAUGGGCAGUAAAGCAAGUUCUUUGCUAAACGGACCACACACUCGAGUCGUACAAAAUGUGACGUCCAAUGUGGGAGCAUUGAUGAAAUUUGCGGUGAAAUCUUCUACCUGUUUAGGAUGCAGAACACCUCUCAAAGAUCCAAAGCAGCCAGUCUGUGAUCGUUGCAAGCAUAAAGUGCAUCAAAUCUAUGCGGCUAAAUUGCAUGCUUCCAAUGUUGCCGAUCAGGAAUGGGCAAGGAUGUGGACGACAUGUCAACGUUGUGCAGGAACGGUAGCAAGUGAUGUUCUUUGCUCAAAUGCAGAUUGCGUAAUUUAUUUUCGUCGUAAACGUGCACAAAAAGAUGCAGAAGAAGCGGCAAAAACAUUAUCACGUUUUGACGUAGCAUGGUGAUUUUGUUUGAAUUAUCAUGAUUUUUAUUUAUUAUUUCUUGUAUUUACAAUAUGCUUUUCAACCGAAACCUAUGUACUUUUAUCCCAUCGCAUUGUCUUUUUGACAUUCAAUAAUUUAUUUCUUCACGGAAGAGCUACC